UUAGACAUAUUGCUCUCAGAUCUGACAUGAGUAAAACGGAGGCGCGCUACGCGGCUCAUUCGUUCGCCGAUGUGCAGGGAUGGAUUUUCGUGCCCGGAUUCGAUCCUUUGGCACAUUUGUUCGCAUGAAGCUGUAUCAAGUGGAUAAGACCCCUGAUAAGCUUGAGGUUACCAAGAACACCAGGCUAGAAGACUACGGGAUACUAUGUGGCCUGGGUAGUUUGAUUCUGUGCUGGGGUGGAACUGGAGAUGUAUUAAAAGCCAUCAACUGGACCAACAGGAAUCACGCAUACUACUGUGUGAUAUACUUCACUUUCUCUCUACUCAUAAUGUCCAUGGGGUUGGUAUCAGCUAAAUUCCCUGACACAGCACUGAUGUCUAUGUUUGUUGCUGGCCUGGGAGCAUGGCAAGCUAUGGUAGUGAUGUCUAUAUUUGCCUCUUUUCACUUGGGUAUAGUUCACUACCUUCCCACACCUGAGUACACAAUCUUCUCCAUGAUGGCAACAUCCCUCCCAUUUACUUUGUAUUGGGGGUUGAGUGUCCAAGACCCUUCGAUUCCAUACAAGAUGGGACGGGUGGUGAUCUGGACCAUUACCUUGCCUUACCAUGUUGUGGUCUGGAUUGAAUCAUUAGGAUGCAAAGCUGGUAUAUGGAUUCAAGCAAAAUGGGAAAAUGCUCGUGUGCGAGUUGGUGGAACAUUACCAGGAUUUUCCUCGGUGCCACCGCAACCAAAUGCAUAGGUGAUGCGAACAAUCCUUGCUAAGUGAUGAAAAUAGGCCAGGUUACUUCUCUAGCUCAAGAUAAUUGUUUAGGUUCACGAGUCUUUGUCAAUAUGACUGUUUGUGGUUUCAUGAAGGAAGAUGGCUCCAUGCUGAAGAUUUCCUUAUUGCUUUAAACUUUGAAUUUGUGCUAGCCUGAGAGCUAUGCAACUUGUAUCGAACCAUUUUAUUUUUACUGGAUUUUACGUUGUAAUGAAGACCUUUAC